AUAUUGAUCUGACGGGAAAUUGAAGUCACCUCUUUUUUAAAUGUAAAUGAAACUUUAUCUAGAAAUGAACAUCACAUGGCUGUAAAAUCAUAUGAUUUCUACUGUAUAAAUGUGCAAAGUGCUGAAAGACAGCAUCUGUUAGCAGGUAAGAGAGCUUUUAUUGCUGGUGUUGCUGAUGAUAAUGGAUAUGGUUGGGCAAUAGCAAAGUCUCUUGCAGCUGCAGGAGCUGAAAUUCUUGUUGGGACAUGGGUGCCGGCACUUAACAUUUUUGAGAGCAGUCUAAUACGUGGGAAAUUUGAUGAAUCAUGCAUAUUGCCUGAUGGUUCUUUAAUGGAAAUUACCAAAGUCUAUCCCCUGGAUGCAGUUUAUGACUGCCCCAAGGACGUACCUGAAGAUGAGGUUGUUGAAUCUGUGAAAAAGGAUUUUGGCGGCAUUGACAUCCUCGUUCAUUCACUAGCAAAUGGACCAGAGGAGGUUGCUGGAUCUGUGAAAAAGGAUUUUGGCAGCAUUGACAUCCUUGUUCAUUCACUAGCAAAUGGACCAGAGGUAAGCAAACCACUUUUAGAGACAUCAAGGAACGGAUAUCUUGCAGCUCUCUCUGCAUCUAGUUACUCUUUUGUUUCUUUACUUAAGCAUUUUGCUCCAAUCAUGAAUCCAGGUGGUGCUUCAAUAUCUCUAACAUACAUCGCUUCUGAAAGGAUUAUCCCAGGAUAUGGUGGGGGCAUGAGUUCUGCAAAGGCUGCAUUGGAGAGUGAUACACAAGUGCUGGCUUUCGAAGUUGGAAGAAAACAUAAAAUCAGAGUCAACACAAUAUCUGCAGGUCCAUUAAGAAGUCGUGCUGCUAAAGCAAUUGGAUUUAUCGAUAUGAUGAUUGAUUAUUCACUGGCUAAUGCACCACUGCAGAAAGAACUUUCAGCCGAGGAGGUGGGGAAUGCUGCUGCCUUUCUGGCAUCACCUUUGUCCUCGGCAAUCACCGGUGCUGUUGUGUACGUCGACAAUGGUCUGAAUGCAAUGGGAGUGGGAGUUGACAGUCCAAUAUUUGAAAACCUUGAUAUUCCAAAAGAUAAAUAAAGCUAUGUUGUGACUUGUGAGUGGUACAAUAUCUGAGAACCUUGAUUUUCAUAAACAUGACCAGAGCUAGUGUUGAGGUUUCGUGGAUCACGUUUGGUGCAUUUUAUUGAGUACAAUGAUUUAGCAGUAAUAAACUGUUUCGAGGAUC